AUGCAGAACGAACCCAUGUUUCAAGUCCAAGUGGACGAAUCAGAAGAUACAGAAUGGAAUGAUAUUUUAAGAGCUAAAGGGAUCAUUCCGGAGAGACCACCUUCUCCAACGCAACAAAUAGAAGAAGCACUGGAAGAAGCAUUAAUUAAGCAACAUGAAAAUAGAUUGGAAGGUAAAGAUCUAUCGGAUUUGGAAGAACUGGAGGAUGAUGAAGAUGAGGAUUUCUUACAACAAUAUAAAUUGAAAAGAAUGGCAGAGCUGGCUCAAUUACAGUCAAAAUCUAAGUUUGGUGAUGUGUAUUACAUUAACAAGCCUGAAUACAAUAAAGAAGUCACAUUAGCAAGUAAAGGUAGCGAAUCGAUGGUUUCUGAUCACCAUGAAGAUGAUCAACAUGAUUCAUCAAAGGGUGUUUAUGUCUUUGUUCAUUUGUCUUCUCAAAGUAAACUACAAAGUAGAAUAUUGAGUAAUAUUUUUCAAAAGAUGGCACCCAAAUAUAAAGAAAUUAAAUUUGUAGAGAUUUUAGGGAAUAGAGCUAUUGAAAAUUAUCCGGAUAAUAAUUGUCCAACUUUACUAGUAUAUUAUAAUGGUGAUGUGUUAAAGAAUUUGAUUACUUUAUUAGAAUUAGGUGGUAACAAUACUACAUUAAAAGAUUUUGAAGAGUUAAUGGUAAAAGUAGGUGCAUUAAAGGAUAAUGAUAAUCGAUUGAUCAUAAAUCAAGAUGAUGAUGAUGAUUCCAGAGAGGAAAGAAGAUUAAAAUAUACUAAUAACAAGGGAAUAAGGUCAGGUAUACAAUCUAAAUUUAAUUUUGGUGUUGGAUAUUCAAAUCUUGAUAAUAGUGACUCUGAAGAUGAUAAUGAUUUUUAUAAUUAA